AAACAAAACUUCACAUCUUAAAACUGAACAAACCAACUCCACACAUAGCAUAUGGGUGGAAAAGACUGCGGCGAUCAUGGCAAAGCCCGCCGGAAGUUUUUCCGGCGAAUUAUGUAUUGCAUUCUGAUCUUCGUCCUCCUCGUUCUCAUCACAAUCUUUCUUAUUUGGGCAAUCCUUCGUCCGAGCAAGCCUAGCUUCACCCUCCUCGACACCACCGUUUACGCCUUCAACGCCUCCGCCGCCAACUUCCUCACUUCCAACUUUCAGAUCACGCUCCGUUCACGGAACCCAAACGACGAUAUCAGCAUCUACUACGACCGCCUCGACGUCUACGCCGAGUACCGGAACCAAGAAAUCACCCUCCGGUGCCGACUCCCUCAAACGUACCAAGGUCACAAUGAGGAAAACACUUGGUCGCCUUUUAUAUAUGGUACCAUGGUCCCGGUCGCGCCGGAAUAUUCCUUCGCUUUGGGCGACGAACAGGCUGCUGGCUCUGUUUACUUGAUGAUCAAGGUUGAUGGACGGUUGAGAUGGAAAGUUGGGACUUUCGUUACAGGGAGUUAUCAUAUUCACGUUAGAUGCCCAGCUUAUAUUACGUUCGGGGGCCAAAGCGAUGGCGUUUCAGUCGGAGAAAACGCUGUUAAGUUUCAGUUCGUAAACAGAUGUGAUGUUAGCUUGUGAGGAAGAAGAAGAAGCGUUAACGCCGUUAAGUAUAUCGUUUGUUUCUCUGUGUUAACUAGUUUCCCUCGUUUUUAUUUGA